AUGUGUAUGCACGAUCACCAAGCGAGCGCGGGGACCAACCCGGUACUCAAUACUUCAGAGCCGUUCCCUUACCAUCUCGGAAUUUUCGAUGCCCACAAUCACAUCGGUGAACGAGUUUACUCAGUUUCCGACUUACCGACAAUGAAAUCUAGGGCAGUGGCAAUUAUGGCAACGAGGACACAGGAUCAGCCACUCAUUGAAGCCAUCGUCGAACAACACGGCGUAAAAGGCCCAGAGUGUUUUUCUCAAGACAAAACAACUGUUGUCGCAGGCUACGGAAGGCAUCCAUGGUUUUCACAUGAGCUUUAUGACGACUCGCUCGAAAAGCCUACCUAUAUACCAUCUGAUGAUGUUGAGGCUGCCAAAGCGCAUCAUUACAAGGCAGUACUUUCACCUCCUCCAGAAGAUCCGGCCUGGUGGCAUGAUCAACCAGUACCAAUCGCACUUUCAAAGUUCAUCUCUGAAACUAGAGAAAGGCUUAUAAAAGAUCCAUUUGCAAUGGUUGGUGAAAUCGGUCUCGACAAGCCCUUCCGGUUGCCAAUGCAAUGGCCCGACCCAAGACCGCCUAGAGAUGCCGCACGUACAGAGGGAGGUCGCGAGAGAAGACCACUUAGCCAGCACCGUAUACAGAUACCACACCAAAAGGUUGUGUUCAUGGCACAUCUCAAGCUUGCUGGUGAGCUCGGAAGAGCUGUUAGUGUCCACGGUGUUCAAGUACAUGGGCUUUUGUAUGACGCCCUGACAGAGUGCUGGAAAGGACACGAAGUCAAAGGCCGUCGAGCGAGGGAUAAAGAAAAGAAGGAAAACACCCAAACAACUGACAACGAAAAACAAGAUCCGAAACCAUAUCCUCCGCGUAUCUGUUUACACUCCUUUAGUGGCAAAGGAGAUGCGGUAAAGCAAUAUCUUAAACCUUCAAUCCCUGCAAAGAUAUUCUUUUCGUUUUCGAAGGCGAAUAAUCUGGGCACAGAUGGGGCGACGGAAAAAACACAAGAUGCAGUAAAGACAGUGCCUGAUAAUCGAAUCUUGGUAGAGAGUGACCUUCACACAGCAGGUCAAAGGAUGGAUGAUGAGCUCGAGGAGAUGUAUAGAGCGAUUUGCGAGUUCAAAGGGUGGACACUGGAACAUGGAGUCUCGCAAAUGGCAAAGAAUUACACCGAAUUUGUGUUUGGUUAG